AUGGCUGCGACGCAGGCUGAGUCUCAGCGUAGUGAAGCGACUAUAGAUCAGAGUCCAUCAGAGCAACUCGGUGAAUCUCGAAACGCUCUGUUACAAAACGGCACUGAUAAGUCCGUCGGGCGCGUUCCGCUCGAUGGCGUUGUGAAUUCUAAGAGCAAAUCGCCUAUGUCUAUCGAGACGGGUCAGCCCCGCGACGCUGGCGAAGCGCCGGGCCACGACCGGCCGGGGCCAGACCAGUACGGAGGGUACAGGUAUCCAGAAAGCGAUCCAUAUUAUGCCCAAAGGCCCGGUUUUCCCGGGAAGCCGCGGCCACCUCAACAGCAAAGAUUCUUUCCGGGCCAGGCAGUGUCGCAGGCUCCAGGACCGACGCCGACGCUUAAUUCAUUACUGCAAUCCAGUGGCGCGCCUCCACAUCGGUAUCCUAAUAGCUAUGAUCAGCCACAAGGCGCCUAUGGACCAACGCCUGGCUGGCCGCCACCGAGGCCUAUGCCUCCAUAUAAUCCUCAAGGUGGACCCUACAGAAAUUCAACGCCCCCUCGAGGUUACGGCGGGCCACCGUACGGCGCGGGCGCACCCGGAGGCCCGCAACAACCGCCCGGUGCUUACGGUCCGCCAGGGUCCUAUCCCCCGAGAUAUGCACCGCCACCGGGUCCGCCAGGCGCGCCUAACUCAAGACCUCCGUUUUCGCCACAUCAGGGCUACGAGCGAGGUGGUUCUCCUCAGCCAACUCAUCCGCAAGGCGCUCCGAGUCCUGGUUCCGCGCAGAGCGCGCCCGGCGGUAUGUCGCCCACUCAGGAUUCUCAACAUUCACCGCACUUGCCGCCCGGGUCCCAACCCCCACUGCAUCAGGGUUAUCCACCUCCGCCGAGGCCUGCCCAGCCGUCCACACCUAACGCGCACGACCAAGAUUCGGUAGGUUCUCUUUAUUUUUAUGUAACAUACUUUCAGGAGGAAAGCAACUGA